CGUUUCUCGGAACUACCAAAACGGGUACCUACUAAGGACGGGAGCAACAGCAGCAACAACAGCAGUAGUCUUCAUAUAUACCCCCAGUGGGUGGGAAGGACACUUCCCCCCACCCGGUAACAGCAGAAGCAAAACCAACAACAACAACUGGUGUAGUGGUGGUGUGGUUGAACGGUAUUUUUUGUUUGCUCGCGUUCUUCUGCAUCGGGAGUGAGUGAAAAUUGUGAAGUAAAACUUUCUAGAAUACAAAAGUGCUUGGGAAAAAGCAACAUUCUCUCAUUAAAAGUUAAUUUUUAGUUCGACAAACGACACACACGGUUGUUUCGAUUUUAGCAGUCGAACCCGCGAAGUGAGUGGUGUAAAAUCUCGUCAAUCGAAACGGAGGAAAAAAUUGAUGCGCCUGUCAGGAUGAGUGACAAAACUGUAGAAAAAGGUGACAGCAGCUCGACCGGUGAACCGGAAGAGGACAAAGAAAUGCUGCUGUCCACCAUGGAGGCGUCCCACUACUCGGCCCAGGAAGUGGCCGCCCGGCUCCGGGUUGACGUCCGGACUGGGUUGCGAUGGGCCGAGGCCAACAGCCGGUCGAAAAUCGUCGGUUACAAUGAACUGAACGCCAAGGACGAAGAACCGACGUGGAUGAAGUACGUCGAGCAGUUCAAAAAUCCUCUCAUUUUGUUACUAUUAGGUUCCGCGGUAGUGAGUGCGUGUAUGAAACAGUUUGAUGAUGCUAUCAGCAUCACGAUAGCGAUUAUUAUCGUCGUAACAGUUGCAUUCAUCCAAGAGUAUAGAUCUGAGAAAAGCUUGGAAGAACUGAAAAAGUUGGUGCCACCAGAAUGCCACUGUUUGAGAGAAGGACGAUUGGAAACAUUCCUCGCGAGAAAUCUCGUUCCUGGUGACGUAGUGUAUUUGAAUGUGGGUGAUCGGGUACCGGCCGACAUUAGGAUAUUCGAAGCGCACGACUUGUCGAUCGACGAGUCCAGCUUCACCGGUGAAACCGAACCGGCUCGCAAGAGUAUGGAGGUGGUACUGAACGUCAACAGUUCCAAGAACCACACCGGUAUGAAGAAUAUUGCCUUCAUGGGUACGCUAGUUAGGUGCGGUAAUGGAAAGGGAAUUGUAGUUAGCACCGCUGAAAAGAGUGAAUUCGGAGAGGUCUUCAAAAUGAUGCAAGCUGAAGAAGCUCCCAAAACGCCACUGCAAAAGUCGAUGGACAUUCUUGGAGCGCAGCUGAGUUUCUAUUCAUUUUGUAUCAUCGGUGCUAUCAUGUUGCUCGGUUGGAUUCAGUCGAAACCACUGGUGGAAAUGUUUACCAUCGGAGUGAGUCUGGCCGUGGCUGCCAUCCCGGAAGGUUUACCAAUCGUGGUGACAGUGACCCUCGCCCUAGGGGUGAUGCGAAUGGCCAAACGAAACUGCAUCGUUAAGAAACUGCCCACGGUGGAGACGCUUGGUUGUGUAACGGUAAUCUGCUCGGACAAAACGGGCACCAUAACCAAGAACGAAAUGACCGCUACUGUGAUCAUCACUUCUGACGGCUACAUGGCCGAUGUAACUGGUGCCGGGUACAAUGACAAUGGUGAAAUACAUAUUCGUGAUUGUAACAGUAUGGAUAAUGCCAAAAGAAGCAUCAACCAGUUGUUGGAAGCUGGUGUCGUGUGCAAUAAUGCCAUUAUUCAAGACGAUACCCUUUUGGGACAACCGACUGAAGGUGCCCUCCUGGCAGCAGCUAUGAAGAACGGACAAUAUUCAGCAGCAGAUAAUUAUUUACGGAUACAGGAAUAUCCAUUUAGCUCCGAGCAGAAAAUGAUGGCCGUCAAAGCAGUACCCAAGUAUGCGAACAACAAAGAUGAAAUCUACUUUGUCAAAGGCGCCAUCGAAAUGGUACUGCCACAGUGCACCAAGUUCUGGUACGGAGGUCAGCCAAUUACGUUGAGCAAGCAAAAUGAAGCCGAAUUUCUGCAGGAAGCGUACGAGAUUGGUAGGAAGGGUCUGCGAGUUUUGGCCAUCGCCAGGGGAUCCUCAUUUCAAGACUUGGUUUACUUGGGCUUGGUGGGUAUCACCGAUCCACCCAGACCCUUAGUGCGAGAAUCUAUCGAGUUGCUUCGUGCCAGCGGAGUGCUGGUCAAAAUGGUAACCGGAGAUGCGCAGGAAACGGCGAUGGCGAUCGCUUCCAAGAUCGGGUUGGAUAUCGUUCACAUGCAAGCCCUGUCCGGCCACGACAUCGACCAGAUGAACGACAUCCAGUUGGAGAAGGUGAUCAACACCGUCAGCGUGUUCUACCGGGUGACGCCGAAGCACAAACUUGCUAUCGUGAAAGCUUUGCAGCACAACGGUCACAUCGUCGGAAUGACCGGCGAUGGCGUCAACGAUGGUGUGGCGCUGAAGCGUGCCGACAUCGGAAUUGCUAUGGGCAAAAAUGGAACGGAUGUGUGCAAGGAGGCUGCCGAUAUGAUCCUGGUGGAUGAUGAUUUCCACACGAUUAUAGCGGCCAUCGAGGAAGGAAAGGGAAUCUUUUGGAACAUUAGGAACUUUGUCAGAUUUCAGCUGAGUACGUCGAUUGCGGCUCUUUCGUUGAUUGCCCUCUCGACGUUGAUGGGAAUUUCUAAUCCAUUGAAUGCUAUGCAAAUCCUAUGGAUUAACAUCAUUAUGGACGGUCCCCCGGCUCAGUCGCUCGGUGUCGAACCGGUAGAUCAAGAUGUGCUCAAACAGAAACCUCGCAACGUGAAACAGGCAAUGAUUUCCAAAUCGCUCAUCAUCAACGUGCUCCUUUCGGCUGGCAUCAUCAUUCUGGGAACGCUCUGGGUGUUCCAAAGGGAGAUGGCCGAUGGGACGGGCGUCACCAGCCGGGACACUACGAUGACUUUCACCUGUUUCGUGCUGUUCGAUAUGUGGAAUGCUCUGAGCUGUCGGUCACAAACCAAGAGCGUUUUCCAGAUCGGUCUGCUGACCAACCGAAUGUUCCUGCUGGCGGUGGCCUUCUCGCUGCUCGGUCAGUUGCUGGUGAUUUACUUCCCACCGCUGCAGAUGGUAUUCCAAACCGAGGCGUUGUCGGCGAUGGAUCUCGUAUUUCUCGUGUCGCUCACGUCCAGCGUGUUCAUCGUGUCCGAGCUGAAAAAGUGGUUCGAGCGCACAAUGGAACGGCGAAUGUACCGGAAGCGCACCGAGCUGGACUUUGUAUGACAAACAGCUCACGCUGGAAGAUUGCAUAAGGAUUAAGCUAAGCUGAACAACAGAUAAGAUGGAAGAAAUGAAAUGAAAAACUACCGACAUCCGGCACACAUUUCAACACAAGUAAACACUGUAAGAGACUUAUUUAAGCUUAACGUUCGAACCGGUGGGAGAAAGAGCGAGA